AUGUCAUCCACACUCAAAACCAUCCAGCUAUACGGCUCCCUAAUUGGCCCCAAUCCCCUGAAGACCGCAAUUGUCCUCGCACUUUUGGAACUACCAUAUGAAGUCGUGCAAGUCCCCUUCUCCAAAGUCAAAGAACCCGAGUACGAAGCAAUCAAUCCAAAUGGACGCCUACCAUCGAUCCACGACCCAAACACCAACCUGACCAUUUGGGAGAGCGGUGCUAUUAUCGAGUAUCUCAUCGAGCGCUACGACACCAAUGAACCCCGCAAACUGAGCUUUGCACCACGCAGCGCAGAAGCCGAGCUUGCACGCUCGUUCCUCCACCUCCAAGCCACUGGCCAAGGGCCGUACUACGGACAAGCGUUUUGGUUCAAGUUCCACGCUGAAAGGGUCCCUACCGUCGUGGAGCGCUAUGUCAACGAGGCCAAACGCGUGACGGGCGUGCUGGACAAGUGGUUGGGCAAGCAGAAGGAGGCUAACGACAAGGAUAUCGGGGAUGGUCCCUGGUUGGUCGGUAACAAGUUUUCAUACGCUGAUGUGGCGUUCAUUCCGUGGCAAAACGGGGCACACACAGCAUUCGCUGAUGAAGGGUUCGACGUUGAUGAGUUCCCAAAUGAGAAGGAGUGGCUUGAGCGCAUGACCUCAAUGAAGCCCAUCAAGGAUAUUCUGAACUCCGCGGCUGAGGAGAGGGCUAAUAUGGCGGAACACUGA